UUAAAAUAACGAAAUGUGCGUUAUCAAUCGCUGUUCAAAUAUAUACCCCAAUUCAAUAAUUAAAUCAAAAUAAAUAUUUUCUAAAUAAAACAUUUAGCAAAGACGGAAGUGAAUGAACAACAAUUAUCCUGCUUUUGAUUCAUAUAUGGUUGUACAGAAUGGCCGCUGCAGCAGGCAUCAACAAACAGGGCGCCCUAGCCACCAUGGACACCUGUGCUCGACACGGCAGGGGAGCUCACGGGAGCACGGUCAAGGUACUUGAGUGCGGGGUAUGCGAGGACGUGUUCUCUCUUCAAGGGGAUAAAGUCCCUCGACUUCUACUCUGUGGUCACACCGUGUGCCACGACUGUCUUACCCGGCUGCCCCUUCAUGGCAGGGCGGUUCGCUGUCCCUUUGACAGACAGGUCACUGAGCUAGGAGAUUCUGGUGUAUGGGGCCUGAAGAAGAAUUUUGCUCUGCUUGAGCUGCUGGAGCGGCUUCAGAACGGUGCGUCCAACCAGUCUGGUAUAGCAGAGGACGCCCUGAAAAGCAUUGGAGAGUGCGUCAUCCGCUGCGACGAGGACGAGAGCCACACAGCCUCCAUGUACUGCACGGUGUGCGCCACGCACCUGUGCGCCGAGUGCUCCCAGCUCACGCACUCCACGCGCACCCUCGCCAAGCACCGGCGCGUGCCGCUGGCCGACAAGCCCCACGAGAAGACGCUGUGUCCCCAGCACCAGGUGCACGCCAUCGAGUUUGUGUGCCUGGAGGAGCCCUGCACCACAGGCCCGCUCAUGUGCUGCGUCUGCAAGGAGUACGGCAAGCAUCAAGGACACAAGCAUAGCUUGCUGGAGUCGGAAGCCAACCAGAUCCGCGCGUCCAUCCUGGACAUGGCCCACUGCAUCCGCUCCUUCACAGAGGAGGUGUCCGACUACUCCCGCAAGCUAGUGGGCAUCGUGCAGCAGAUCGAGGGAGGGGAGCAGAUGGUGGAGGACGGCAUCGGGAUGGCCCACACUGAACAUGUUCCGGGCACGGCGGAGAGUGCGCGGUCCUGCGUCAGGGCCUACUUUGCGGACCUCCACGAGACGCUGUGCCGGCAGGAGGAGAUGGCCCUGAGCGUGGUGGACGCCCACGUCCGGGAGCGGCUGAUCUGGCUCCGGCAGCAGCAGGAGGACAUGACCAUCCUGCUGUCCCAGGUGUCCACCGCCUGCUUGCACUGCGAGAAGACUCUACAGCAGGACGACUGCAGAGUUGUUCUGGCCAAGCAGGAGAUCAACUGCCUGCUGGAGACCCUGCAGAAGCAGCAGCACCAGUUCACUGAGAUAGCGGAUCACAUCCAGCUGGACGCUGGCAUCCCCGUGACCUUCACUAAGGACAACCGAGUGCACAUUGGCCCCAAGAUGGAGAUAAGAGUGGUCACUUUAGGGCUGGAUGGAGCAGGGAAGACGACUAUCCUCUUUAAGCUUAAGCAAGACGAGUUCAUGCAGCCAAUCCCUACCAUCGGGUUCAACGUGGAGACGGUGGAAUACAAGAACUUGAAAUUCACCAUCUGGGAUGUGGGCGGCAAACACAAGCUCAGGCCACUAUGGAAACACUACUAUUUGAAUACACAAGCGGUGGUGUUUGUGAUUGAUAGCUGUCACAGGGACAGACUGAUGGAAGCCCACAGCGAGCUAGCUAAGCUUCUGACGGAGAAGGAGCUGAGGGAUGCGCUUCUGCUCAUAUUCGCUAACAAACAGGAUGUACCGGGGGUGGUGUCGGUGGAGGAGAUGACUGAGCUCCUGAGCCUCCACAAGCUGUGCUGCGGGAGGAGCUGGCACAUCCAAGGCUGCGACGCGCGCAGUGGGAUAGGCCUCCACGAGGGCCUGGACUGGCUCUCCAGGCAGCUGGUGGCCGCUGGGGUCCUGGAUGUGGCCUAAACCCCCUUCCAUCCCUUAUCUGGGUCCUGGUUGUGGCCUGAACCCCCUUCCAUCCCUUAUCUGGGUCCUGGAUGUGGCCUGAACCCCCUUCCAUCCCUUACAGUAUCUGGGUCCUGGAUGUGGCCUGAACCCCCUUCCAUCCCUUACAGUAUCUGGGUCCUUCCUUCAGCUUUACCUACUCUAUAAACAAGCACCAAAACGGUCUCUUCUGCUCAUAAUUCCGAAUACGCAAAUGACUACUGCGUGACUGAGUUCUAUCCGGCUUAACGCCUUCCAAUACUAAUACUUGUUUACUCUGGAGUGAUCGCUUAUGUAAGAACUUGAUGGCUGAUGCCACUGAUAAGAGGAUUUGACACAUGGAAUUAAAUUCCACCUGAAUAUAUUCAUCAAUCGUACAUAAACACAAACCAAACCUAAGAGCUCACAGGUUUCCUAGUGGACUCCCGGUGAAUGUGUUGACUUGUUUAGGAACCUCUGUGAUGCUUAUUUACUUCCAACUUCAUGACAUCCUUAAUGUAUUUACUCUUGGUGAAAUGUAUCCCACCACUAACAGUUAAUUAUAUGUGCUUGGGUUUUAUGUUAGCCUUCAUAAUCAAUGUGAAGAGUAUGGAUCAAUGACUCAAAAUACAAGACGUGGUUUAUAUUAACGCACUUUCGCUGUUCUAGCAUGGAACGGCAAAAAGCAGCAUAUGAACAAAUGUAUUAGUUGAGAUUGACAUUUUUCUUAUUUCAGUGUACUGACCAAGGGGUUACGGCAGAGGGUGUGCUUCUUAAAAUCCUUUGUUUACCAAACCCGGGUUUCUCUGAGGUGUGUGUGUGUUUCCUGAGUUACUUUUAUUUUAAGUGUAAGAACCUAUUUAAUGCCACAGCUGGUCUCUAAAUGGCACGUGAUUUGGUUUGAGUUACCUAUUUGCAUUGGUUUGUAUUGAAUCUAAUGUUUCCAUUACUGAAGGUUAAAAAUGGGGAAUAGUGGCAGUAGUGAGGAAGGAAAACUUAUGACAGUAUGCUGCCUUUGUAGGUGGCGCUUCUUAUUUGAGGUUGAUCUGAAUGCACUUGUCCACUUCCUCUGCCUCUUUAAGGACUAACUGGUGUUGCAAACAUUUUUCAGUCCCUUUUUCUCGCUGCCUCAGAGUAUGACCUGUGAAAAACCUUUGAAUUAACGGACAUCGAUAUCUAAGUAGAUGUGAAACGUAGUCGUGCAUUAACAAUGUUUUAUAUUGCAUAUUAAGGAGCCAUCAUUUGGUUAGAAGUGUCAUUGCUAUGUAAUGUUUAUAACUUGUAUCUAUGUAAAGAAAAAAAUAACCUGCAUGUACGCAAUGCCUUUUCCCCCCCCCCCCCCUUUUGUUCCUUAGUUUUGUUAUUUGUGGGGAUUGCCCUUUAUCUACACAGAAGUACAGCACAGUUAAACCAUCAAUUCCUUAUACCAUUGGACUUGAUAAUGGCUUUUUGUAAGUUAUGUGAAGCUGUAAAAUAAAGUUGAACUCCUGCUUGGAUAGUAAUUGCAUUUGGUAAAACCAAACAACUUGACAGUUUACUGUUUGUAACCUCGAAACUACAUUUUGUCUACAAUUAAAGGAGUUAACAUUUGAUUGGAGGGAGUCGGGAUAGUGCAGAGGUCGACCCCCAGGUAAAGCUUCUUGGUUCGAUUCCAAAUGCAGUCAACCUUCUUGUAGGCAUCCUAACCAAUACAUGGUCCUUUUAAGACCUUUAUCUGAACGUCCUGUUAAUCACUAAAUCCUAGUGUCCUCAAAAUAAGUAACAUUUUACAAUCCGAAAGAAUAGUCUUUGAAUAAACACUUUAUUCUGUUUAAAAAAAAAAGGCAUGUAGAUCAAAUCUGUACAUAAUAGUUAAAAAAAGGGGCUGGUCCUGAUCACUUGAUGGUGAUGUUAAUGAUGCUGAUGUCCUCGUAGGGCUUGUCCGUCUUGGGGUUGACCUUGACGUUGGAGAUCCUUUGGACCACCUCCAUGCCUUUGGCACUCCUCCCGAACACUGUGUGCUUGUUGUCCAGCCACGGCUGAAACCAUAAGCGUCGAUAAGGUGGUGUUAAUAGCAAUACUGGCCGAAAAGUUUCCAUGUAGUUGUUAUUCGAUUUUAGAUAAGUUCAUCAAGGAGCAGGUAGGGGUGAAGAAGCUUGCAGAUAAAAUUCUGACAUUGUAUGUCAAACCCAGAACCCCAACCAUUAGGCAAUCCUUCCCCCUUUUUCAUAGUAGCUUGCAGCCAUCGCUUCUGUUAAAACAAUAUUUCAGAUUACUAGCAAGUGUCCUAAAUUAAUAAAAAACAAACCACCCCUUAUCAACCCAUGGAUUUGAUAUCUUUUAAACCUUUAAAGAAAAUUAAAAAGCUAAAUGGAUUGUUGCAAGUGAAAAUG